ACACCUCCUCACCCCUCACCACCCGCACCCCCUCACCCUUCCUUCAGUCUCCGCAGUGUCCCCAUUAGUCGUCUCCUGUCUCCCCAACAAACGCUCCAACGCCCUUCCCUCUCUCCGAUCGCCAUCAGAGAGAUCAGGCCGGCAGCUAGGAGAUGGUCAUACCUUAGACGAUUAUAAUAUUCAGAAAGCAUAUAAUUAAGUUCUUUGCAAGUGUGCUUUCAAGUAGCUGAUAUGGGGACUGAUAGUCAAUGUUGGCAUUUGGAUUUAAGCUAUGAACAAUGGAAACCUAUUUCUGUAUCUGGUCCACGCCCAGCUGCUCGCUACAAGCAUGCUGCCGCUGUGUUUGAGGGGAAAUUGUAUGUUGUUGGAGGAACGCGAAAUGGCCGAUAUUUGUCUGACAUCCAGGUUUUUGAUCUCAAUACUUUGGCAUGGUCUACAAUAAAAUCAAACACUGAAGUUCUUCCAGGUGUUUCCGGUCAUUCUAUGAUUAGCUGGAAUAAAAAAUUGGUGCUUCUUGCUGGCCACUCAAGAAGCGGUUCCGAUACUGUAACAGUUCGCAUCAUUGAUCUGGAAUCGCAUGACUGUUCCAUUAUGGAGACCUUCGGAACACCACCGGUAGCUCGUGGUGGGCAAUCUGUGACACUCUUUGGAUCUAAGCUAAUAAUGUUUGGUGGAGAAGACAGGAACAGACGGUUAUUGAAUGAUAUUCAUGUUCUUGAUCUUGAGACUCAGACUUGGAGUUCUGUGGAGACCAUGCAGACACCUCCAUCUCCCAGAUUUGAUCACACUGCUGCGCUGCAUGCAGAUCACUACCUUCUAAUUUUUGGUGGGUGUUCUCAUUCAGUUUUUUUCAAUGACCUGCAUGUUCUGGACUUGGAAACGAUGGAAUGGUCUUGCCCACAACUUCAAGGGGAUAUAGUUUGCUCACGAGCUGGGCAUGCUGGGGUCACAAUUGAUGAGAACUGGUACAUAGUUGGUGGCGGAGAUAAUAAAACUGGUGUGCCAGAAACUCUUGUUUUGAAUAUGUCUAAGCUCGUUGUGGCAGUGCUAACAAUUGUCAAGGAGAGAGAUCCACUCGCUAGUGAGGGAUUAACUGUAUCAUCAGCAUUACUAGAUGGUGAAUUUUUUUUGGUUGCAUUUGGUGGUUAUAAUGGAAAUUACAAUAAUGAGGUAUAUGUUAUGAGGCCUAAACCAAGAGAUUCAUCACAUCCCAAGAUACUUUUGUCACCAGCUGCUGCUGCUGCAGCAGCUUCUGUCACUGCUGCAUAUGCCUUGACCAAACCUGAAAAGUUUGACUCCACUGCUAGAGAUGAUUCAAAUUUUAAGGGAAUCCAAAACAAUACCUCUCAGAAGAAUUUAUCUGAUGAAAUUGGCACAAUUAGAGAAGAGAAGGAGAGAUUGGAAUCCUCUCUUGCUGAAGUAACAAGGGAAAACUUUUCUCUCAAGGCAAAGAUUGAGGAAGUUAAUAACACUUAUGCUGACUUAUCCAAGGAAUUACAUUCAGUUCAGAGUCAGUUUACAGCGGAGCGAUCAAGAUGUGCGGAGUUGGAGGCACAAAUAACUGAGAUACGGAAGGUACUAGAGUCCAUGCAGUCAGUAGAGGAAGAGGUUGAAGAACUUCGGAGGCAGAAAUCUGAAAUGGAACGUGAUAUGGAACUGGGAGUUGCCCAGGGUCAGAGGCCAGGGGGUGUUUGGAAGUGGAUUGCCGGGUGAGUUUUGAAAAUGCGCCUGGGGGUACUCCUGCCAUGCUUCAAAGCUUUCCUGGAGCUCAAAACAGUUUUCUAAAAAAAACGGCAGUUUAUAAUCUCUUCAUUCUUUGAGCUUGUUUACUCUUUUAUUCUCUUAUGCAUUUAUUUGGCUCUGUAAUUCGAACUUCAAUGUUCUUUCAAAAUAACUACAUUUCAAUUGUAACAGUCAUUCAUUUGUAACAUUUUGUGUGUGUGAAUGUGUGAUACCUUCGGCAUGAAAUCUUCAUGUUCAGGUUUUUCAUUUCAUUUGUAUUAUAAUAUACGUAGAGUAAUACUCUAUUGAUCGGGAGGAGU